AUGAAAUUAUUUCUCCGCAGAUCACGAAACGGAGCGGUCAUGACGACUGACAACGCGCUCAAUUCUCAACGGGUGUUCAAGAAAUCUUCACCCAACAAUAAAUUGACGUUAUAUCUUGCUUCAAGAGACCUGUUGGUAGAAAAUGGCUCCAUUGACAGAAUCCAAGGUGUGUUGCACGUGGAACCAGAAUACCUGGAGAAUAAAAAGCUGUAUGGACAAGUUACACUUACGUUCAGAUACGGUCGAGAAGAUGAAGAAGUCAUGGGUCUCAAAUUUUGUAAUGAGGCGAUCAUGAGCCUUGCACAAAUAUGGCCGCUGCACUGCAAUCACGACAGAGAGCCAAACACACCACUUCAGGAUGCUCUAAUUAAACGUCUUGGAGCCAAUGCAUACCCGUUCCACUUAGAGCUUACGCCGCUAGCGCCGCCAAGUGUGCAGCUGGUUCCCGCCAAGCAAUAUCACGGGGCUCCUAUAGGCACAUCUUAUGAUGUCAGAGCUUAUAUCGCGGAACGUCCAGACGAAAAAGUGUCUCGUCGCAACAUCGUCCGCAUGGGGAUCCGCGUGCUUCAAGGUCCUGGCCGUAUGGUCCCACCACCGGUGCUACCACCAAACUCGCCGCAUCAUCCUCUCAGUGUUCUCGCACACCAUAAUGUGCUCAGGUUGAAAAGCAAAAUUAAGGUGGAAUCUGAUGAAAAUUGCCGACCAAAGAGGGAAGAAGCAGAAAACUCAGAGGUACUGCCGCCCCGAGCUACCGUCGAGAAACCUUUUCUACUUUCUGAUGGAAGGGUGGAACUAGAAGCUUGGUUAGACAAACCAAGUUAUUCUCAUGGGGAAUCCAUCAGAGUCGGCGUCGUCGUUGCUAAUCACUCUUCGAAAACUGUGCGACGGAUUAAGGUCUUGGUGGUUCAACAUGUGGAUGUCUGUAUGUUUUCCAAUGGCAAGUUCAAGAAUGUCGUAGCCCUUGUUAAAGGUAGUGAUACCGUUAUGCCUGGUCAGACUCACACCGAUACAUACAUCGUCACACCACACAGAGGAAUAACGAAAAACUGGAUAGCCCUUGAAGAUUCAUAUUCAAAGACUGGUGCCAGUCUCGCUUCCACUGUUAUAUGCAACAACACACCAGAAGACAGAAACGUAUUUGCCAUAUAUGUAUCUUACUACGUCAAAGUGAAGCUUACAUUCAGCGCUAUGGGUGGAGAUCUAUCACUCAAGCUACCUUUCAUUCUGACACAUUCCUGCAUUAACGAAGCACCAACAGACAGUGUGAUUGAAGAAGCUACACACAAAAUGAUACUAGAAGGCAAAGAAAACAGCGAAGAGGAAGAUAGUAAAGCCGAAAUAGAAAAAGAUAAACAGAACAACAAUGGAGACAACGAAGCCCAUCAAUCAGGGUUCAGUGGUGAUGCUGAACUAAAAUCUCCUACAAAUCAUCACUGUGUUGCUGAUGUGCUAGUGAACAUUGAAAAUAAAAUUGAUCGGCCAAAGAUUUAUGUACCAGUUGAAGGAAACACUGAGGUUCGGGCAGUAAAACCUAACGAAGAAGAACUAGAUCUGAUUGUAAAAUAUCCCGGGACGGAUACGUGA